GUACAGGACUGAGCAACCAGGAAUGUGCUGCUUCUCAUUUUGAGGACUUCUGAUUUUCUUUUUUUUUCAUAUCGGCUUCUUUUUCACUAAUGUUGUGUGGUAUGCACUCAUGCAAAUACUCUUACUUGACGGUUUCUGUGCUUCAUCAGGCAGGUACUAUAGGUUGGUGCCUGGUGUGAGAUCAUGAAUUCCGUUUUCCACUUUGUGACCUGCAAGGCAAAAAGGCACAAAAUGAAGGAUAGGGCAAGAGUAAAUCGAAUUGUGACAAGUGGCGGACAAGUUGCGCGCAUGAGGGUGCCAGGAGGGUAUGAGAUUGGCCCUCUAAGGUCAUGGCCUGGAGGACUCUGCAUAUCCCGGUCGUUGGGGGACAGUGAUGCUGGGAAGUGCAUCCUCCCGGUUCCGCAUGUCAAGCAGAUUAAGCUUUCGACCAGGGGAGGGCGGUUGAUUCUUGCCACUGACGGCAUCUGGGACGUGUUGUCGAAUGAGAAGGCGGCGAAAUGCUGCAGAGGACUGCCACCGCAAAAGGCAGCGAGUCUAAUUCUGAAGGAAGCAGUGAAAGCACGGGGCGUGAAGGACGACAUGACCGUCAUUGUCGUCGACAUACUGCCACCGGAGGUGGCGACGUGUGAUCUGACAUGCACACCAAGGGGUGGGGGAGGAGGUGGGAGAGCACGGGGGACGCCUGGGUGCAAUCCAGCAGGCGCAUUUGAAAAGAGUCACCUGUGUGGAAGCUGGGGUCUGUUACGAGCGGUUUUCUGUGCUCGCUCGGGUGGGGAAUCGAGAGGAGGGAGAAGGGGCGGAGAGGGGGAGAAGGCUGGAGAGGGAGGUGCGAAGAAAAGAGAGAAGAGGUCGAGUGCUGCCCGUGUGGCUGGAAUGGAAGAGCUGUACAAUGAUGACUCUAUCCUCAUGUCCCGCAGAAUAGGAAUAGACGUGUCGAUGCACACCGGCGUCGUUCUGAGAUGUGAGAAGUGCAAAGGACCGGUCGCACCACCCUUGCCUGCGCCUGUCCCUGGGCGUCAGGUGGUGUCAGCGGAUGCGGACUUCUGGAAAGGCCCAUUUCAGUGCCGAAAAUGUAAAGUAUCGCGCCACGGGGGCUCUGUCGGGUGAUUGGAAUGUUUUGUAAGGCUUUUUGGGUGGCAAGGAAGCCCGGAGGUACGAUGGAUAGAGAGGCCUGGUGGUUUUCUACUUAUUUCGACCUACCUUUUCACUUCUGCAGGUCAUUCCUCCUUCGCAGGUAUGUUCCACAGGUUUUUCGGCCCAUUAGCCCGUGAUGGGACGAGCCACAGUUUCCUCCUUCCUGCUGUAAGGGCUCUUGCCAGUUUCAAGGGGUGAUGAUAUAUUUUCCCCACACCCCUAUCCAACCAUACCCUCCAACUUUCCCCAUCUCUCCAACUCAACACCAUCUAUCAGACAACUGGGGAGAGAGAUUCAGGAGGCGUCAACUUUUCCGACCUAGUCUAAGUGCUAGAGCCCAGAUGCAUCGUAUCCGGUUCCAGGUAGAGGAUGCAUCUGGGGCUUGGAGGUGGAACGAGUCGAGCAGGAGAAAAAAAGGCGUUUGAGAAUCGAGUGUGAACUCUGAAGCCCGAAUGAAGUGCAAACUAUUUC